GAACUUAACAGUUGAACGACACCAAGCCGCAUUCCUAGCUGAUAGAGCCGACACUCAACAGCGCCCAUUCUAUAGCCGACUGAUCAAAAUGUCGAGCAUUACAAAACACUGUAAAGCCUGCUCUCUUCUUUGUCUGCUCAUACAACCUUCAGAACAUGUUCACUGUCCAGCAGAUUCUCUUCCCCUCCUCAUUCUCUUUCUCCCUAUAAAAUCCCCCCUUCACUCUCCUCCCACAACAGGCAAAUCCGAAACUACCCACCAGUAAGAAGUCACAAACUUUCUAAGCAAACUAGAACAAAAACAAAGAUCUGAAGAAGAUAUAACUUAAGCCACUUUCUUUUUGUCUGAAAAUGUCAUCCGAUUCCGGAAAUCAAAACAGGCGUUUAACCAAGGCCCUUAACACGGGAGCCCCACCACCAGAACAAGAACAGCUACCUUGUCCACGCUGUGACUCCACCAGCACUAAGUUUUGCUACUACAACAACUAUAACUUUUCUCAGCCUCGCCAUUUCUGUAAGUCCUGUCGCCGUUACUGGACUCAUGGUGGCACCCUCAGGGACAUUCCUGUUGGCGGUGGCACCAGAAAAAAUGCUAAGCGUUCGCGGACCACCACCCAUUCCACUGCCAUUUCUGCCGCCAAUGCUGCCACCACUACCACUAGUCAUAAUAACUUCCCGUUAUCUGCCACCCCGGUUUUGUUGCCAUUCUCAGCCAAUCAGAGCACUUUUGGUAUUGGUGGAGAAUCCAAGGGUUAUGGGGGUGGAAGUAUUUGUGGAAGUUUUACUUCAUUGUUGAAUACUCAGAGGCCUGGUUUUCUUGCCCUUCGAGGGUUUGGGCUUGGUGUUGGUCCAGGAUUUGAGGAUGUUAGUUUUGGGCUUGGACGUGGAACGUGGCCUUUUCCAGGAGUGGGAGAUGAAGCAGCUGCUAUUGGUGGCAGCGUUGGGGCUGCUACAGGAAUGGGGAACACACGGCAGUUUGAAGAUGGAGAAACGGGGUUUGUCGGUGGCGAUUACUUUUCUUGGUCUGAUCUUGCUAUUUCAACUCCUGGAAAUAGGCUCAAGUGAAUCUGAGAUUUUGGGUUCAUUGUGUUUUCCAUGUUCCUUUUUUUUUUCUUUUUAAGUGGAAAUUUUUUUUGUACAAGGAUAAUUAGUGAGUACUUUGAGUAAAUUAUUAGCUAUAUGAAAGUAGA